CCUUGGAAACGAAAACAACAUGGCGGACCCUACAAUGGCCACAGAAGAAGGCCAGGGUGAACAACCUAUGAUGUUACGGGCAGUAAGUGUGUCAGAACCUGGAAGCAAGACACCAUUUGAGCUUCCAGAGGAUCUUAUCAAAAAUACUGAGCUGGAGAUGGAUCCUUAUAAUGAAAAUGAGACUGCAUUAAGGUUUCUACAUUCCAAGCCAACAUGUUUUAUUGUGAUUGGUAAACCAGGAGCUGGGAAGACCAGCCUUGUAAGACGUUUAGCAGCAGAGUGGAAAUGUGAACUUAUUAAUCCAACUGAUAUAAUACUAAGAGCAAUUGAAAUGGAAACAGAGUCUGGUAAAAAGUGUGCAGAAAUAUUAAACCGUGGUGAAGCAGUAUCAGAGGAUAUGGUGAUUAAAAUGAUAGAAGAAAAAGUUAACUCCCCUGAAGUAGCACAUCACGGUUAUGUUUUAGAUGAUUUUCCAUCUCUGUCAGAAGAUAAUAUGAGUAUAAAGGAUCAGCUAGAACUUAUAAAGAACUGGAAACUCAAACCAGAUUUUAUUAUUAAUAUUAAAAUACCAGAUAAAGAUUUAGAAGUGAGAAGAACUGGUCAGAAGGUUGACCCGUUAACAGGUAUAACAUAUAUCAAGGAAGUGUAUGCACCUGAAAAACCAGCUAAACAGCCUGCCACAGAGGAAGAAGAAGGAGAAGAAGAGGAAGAGGCAGAAGAAGAGGAGGAGGCUGGUUUAGAGGAAGAAGAGAUGGUUGAAGAAUUGCCCCCAGAAACAUUAGAGAGGCUUGUACGAAGACCAGAAGAUCUUCCAAAUAAAGUGGGGGAUAAUAUACGCAAAUAUAAAACUAACAUGCUGAGAUUACUAGAGGAUUACAUGGCAGACCAUGACCAGCAGUUUUUGAUUGAGAUGGAUGGGAAUCAGUCACAGACAGUUCUGUUUAAACAAUUAAUGACACGGUUGAAUUGUUUUGUCCUGAGACCAGCUGCAGUGCCAAUGAGACUGAUUGACCCAGAUGAGGAAGAUGUCCCAGAGGACAUUGAAGCUGAUGAAUUAAUGAGACUUCUUGGUCCAAAGAGAAUGGUUGCUCCUCGAUUUAGGUGGCGUCGCAGCAGAUGGAUGAAAAAUUGUCCAGUUGCCUUACAUGAUGGAAAUAUUAUACCUGGAAAACCAGAGUUUUGUGUCAGUUUCCUAGAUAAGAUUUACUGUUUGUCAAGUAUUGAUGCCAUAUCCAAGUUCAUGAAGAAUCCACGGCCGUACCUAUUACCACCCCAACCACGACCACCAUGUAAACUUUCUGUCAUUGGACCACCUCUGUCAGGAAAAACAACAUUAUGUCAUCUGCUUGCCACAAAAUAUGGGGCAAAGGUUUUAGAUAUGGAUGUCAUAAUACAGCCUCAUUUAGAUGAAGAAAAGAAGAGAUUUCUGGAGAAAACUAAAGAGGAUACAACAGAAACUGCUAUAACCACUGUAAAAAUGAAAAUGAAAGAACAAAUGGAGGCUGAACAAGCUGCUAGAGAAGCUGAAGAAUUAGCUAUGUUAGAAGAACAAGCAGAGGAGGAAGAACAAGAUAUACCAGAAGAAGAUGACGAGAAAAAAGAUUCUGAUGAUGAUGGAACUACAACAGAAGGGGAGACUGUUACAGUCAGUAAAAGUGACGAAAAGAAAGAAUCUGAUGAUGCUGAAAAACCAGAAGGGGAAAGUGAAAAGCAAGAAGGCGAUAGUGAAAAAUCUGAAGGGGAAGGUGUUGUCACAGAUGAUCAGCCAGCAGAAACAGAAGAGGACCAGAAACCAGAAGGUAGCGAAGGAAAAUCGUCUGAUGAGAAAACAUCAGAAUCUGGACCACCAGGAAAACCAGAGGCUCCAAAGGUGCCUGAGGUUGAUGGCAAUCAUCCCGAGGUUAUGGCUAUGGUAGAAGAGGCUAUAAAAGAGGCAGAAAAGCAGCCAGUGACAUUGACUCCUGAAGUGUAUGUAGACAUUCUGGACAAAGCCAUCAAAGAUGUAGAAAAAGAACAAAGAGACCAAAAUGCUGAAGGACCACUGAAUGGAGGCUGGAUCCUUGAUAACUUUCCACGAACCAGGGACCAGUGGAGUAUGGCUAUAGAGAAAAAUGUGCUUCCUGAUGAUGUUGUAUGUCUCAAAGAUAGUGAUAAUGGGGAAUUCCUACUCAAGAGGUACUACUUAAUCAACAAGGAGGAGAUUGAUGGAAAGAUUAAACUUAGGAAGGAUGCUGAGGAGAAAAAGAAGAAGCAAGAGGAGGAAGAAAAAAGGAGAAAAUUGGAAGAGGAAAAGAGGGCAGAAGAAGAAGCAGCAAAGAAAGCUGCAGAAGAAGAAAGAUUGAGGAAAUUAGAAGAAGGAGAGGAGGAACAAGAAGGUGGUGGAGAGGAAGAGGAUGAUGAAAAUGAAUCAAUUGCAAGUAAAAGUGAUGCACCAGCACAGCCGGAGGAGGAGGGGGAAGAAAAGGAGGAGGAAAAAGAAGCAGAACCUGAAACAAAAGAAGAUGAGGAGACAAAAACAGAUGCCGAAGAAACUAAAACUGAGACAACAGAAGCAGAAGAACCAGCUAAAGAACCAUCUGUUAGGAUAGAGGAAGAGGAGAAAGUCCCAGAGGGCCCAGAGUUAGAUGACUUUAAAGAGAAACGUAAGGAGUAUGACAGAGAUAUAGGGAACAUCCUGGCCACCGUAUCUGGUGGCAGUUCUAUUGACCCAGUUCAGAUUGAUCUUGAGGAGAAAACAGUGGAGGCUAUACAAGAGGAAUCCUCACUAAGUAUAGAAAAACAGUUCAAACCUCAGGCAUGGGAGUUAUCUGGAGCAGAUAUGGACGAGGAAGAGGAGGAUCUUCAAAAUGAUGCUGAUGCUGCAGCUGAGGAGGAGGAAGGAGAAGAAGAAGCUGAGGAGGAGGAAGAUACCAAUAGAGGUCGUGGCAAAAAGAAACCUCUAGGUGACACAAACUGGUUCUGCCCUGUGGCUCUGAAAGAGAACUUUGUGCUGUAUCCUGGUAACCCAGAGAUAGCUUCCAAGUACAGGGAAAAGACAUAUUAUUUCUCUACCAAUGAAGCUAGAGACAAAUUCUUGGCCACCCCAGAAGAUUUCCUUCCAAAAGACAAACCAUUACAGCCGCCACCAUUAAGACUGUUAAUGCUCGGACCUAAAGGAGCAGGUAAAUCACUGCAUGCCCGUAACAUGGCACGACAGAUGGGACUGUUCCAUAUUUCAUUCCGAGACAGAUUACAGGAACUGAUUAUACACAAGACAAGAAAGAGGAUAGGCCCAGAAUAUGAACAAGACAAUCUACCAGAUCCUGAGGAGGAAGAGGAACCAGAUGAAGAUGAAGCUGGACUUACUGGUCCUGACGGACAGCCUAUAGCUCCUGAUACUCAGGCAUCAGAUAGUGAGAGUAAAGAAAACCAAGAGGAAGAGGAAAUACAAUACACAGAGGAAGAGGAAGCCAUUAAAAAUAAUCUGGAAUCAGAGGAACCAUUACCAGCAGAGGUGUUGGAUAAUAUACUACAACCAUUCUGGCAGAAAGAACCGUUCAAAUCUACAGGGUUUAUUUUGGAAGGGUUUCCUAGGACAAGUGAGGAAGCUAAAUACUUGGCAGAGAUGGGAUUAUUCCCUGACGUGGGGGUUAUCCUGAAUGUAGAGGUCGAGGAUGUUAUCAACAGAUUACUACCUCCAAAGAUGUUAAAAUGGAGAGUAAGAAGAGACAAAAAAUUAGCAAUCAAACAGAAAAAGAAGGAAAAGUCUAAAAAGAAAAGGGAAGAAGCAAUACAGAAAAGGAGAGAGGAAUUACUUAAGGAACAAGAAGAAAGGAAAAGAGAAAGACAGCUUGAAAAAGAAGCAGCAAGAGCAGAGGCUGAAUCGGAUGAAGAGAUUGAAGAAGAAGCAGAAGAAGAAGAAGAGGAAGAUAGUAUUGAAGCCAUGUUAGCUGAGGAAUUUGAAGAGGAAGAAGAAGAAGAAGAGGAGGAGGAAGAGGCUGAGGAUGAGGCUCAGGACAGGAUGAAAAAUGAUCUUAGUGAAGUCUUUGAUAAUGAUAAAAACAGACUGGAAAAUGUUGUGUCAACUUUUAUGGAGGUGCUUAUUGAUUCUGUAGAAGUUGAUAGUACUAGAAAACCUCACAUUGUAUCCUACGUUCUGAAUAAAAAACUGAAGAAAUAUGUACAAGCACGACACAGUAUGUUUGAAAGAGUGUAUCCUAUUAGUGAAGCCUUAGCACGAAGGAUGUUACAGACUGGAUAUAAACAGCCCAGUAGAUUUGGAAGAUGGUGUCCUGUUAGGUCUAAGGAAGGAAAUUGUAUCCAGCCAAUGAGUGGUAUGGGAUUUGCCACAUAUCCAUGUAUAUAUCGACAUCAUAUUUACUUCCUGUCUUCAGUCCAAGCCAGAGAUGAAUUCAUUUUAGAUCCAAUGGCAUUCCUUAAACAACCAACACCCAAACCAGUGGUACCAAUCAGAAUGGCAGUCAUAGGACCUCCAAAGUCUGGAAAAACUGCUUUGGCAAACAGAUUUGUUGAAGAGUACGGUUUAGUUCGACUGUCUAUAGGAGAAGCUAUGAGACGUGUUAUGUUGGAACAACCUAAAUCUGAUCUCUCUAUACAGCUUGUCAAACAUGUGACUAAAGGAUUGACAGUUCCUGAUGAGUUAGCAGUCCAAGCCAUGGAUAUUUGUUUGUUAGAAAUGAGAAGUCAGACAAGAGGGUAUAUACUGGAUGGCUUCCCUACAACAAUGAAACAGGUAGAAUUAAUGACAGAGAGAUGUAUCAUACCAGUUCGUGUUAUAGAGCUAGAAAUAAACAGUAAAGAAGUUAUGGUCAGAGGCUUGAGAGACAGGAUGUCUUCUGCAAGAAUGCUUCCCCUUCAUGACAGUGCCCAGAUUCUUGCAAUAAAGCUGGCUGCUUAUAACAAGGAAGUGUCUCCAAUAAGAGAAUAUUAUCAACAGGAACACAUGAACUUCAUUAAGGUCAGUGGUGAAAGGUCAAAAUGGUGGGUGUGGAACAGAAGUCUGGAAAUCGCUCAUGAAAGUGUGAAGAAAAUACAGACCUACUUACAGAGAAUAUCUGAUGGUAAAUCUGCCUCUAUCAGUGAAAUGUGUAUAACACCAAACGAGUUCCUACAGAGAGUUGGAGAUUAUGGACAGUAUUGUCCUGUCAGUUUGGCAUUACGGGGAGAACUUGUGGACUGUUCACCAAAUCCAACACUGGAAUAUGCUGCAGAGUUUAGAGCUCAUUAUUACAAGAUGGCAGGUCCAGAAGAGUUACAUCAAUUCUUAGCAGACCCAGAGAAAUAUGUUCCUCCACUAGCCCCUAAGGAAUUACCUGCUCCAGAAUUAUUACCCAAGAGACAUAGUCCUAAAGAAGUGAAAGCUUCACAGUCAAUAGAACUGAAAGGUUAUUGUCCUGUCACAUUCCUGGAUGGACAAUGCAGAUAUGAGGCUAUUGUGCCUGGAAAUCCAGAUUUUAUUGGAGAAUACCAAGGGAAAUUCUUUUACAUGGAGUCUGAAGAAAAAUUAUACAAAUUUUUAAAAUUACCAGAGAAGUACUCAAAUUUGACUCUCCCCCACAAACUGCCCCCACCCAAAGAUCCAUUACCAGUGACUGGAUUACCAAUGCUAGGAUACUUGGAACAGACUGCCGCUACUAAUAUGGUCAAGGCUUUAACUGCCGUUGGAAACUUUAAACCAAAAUAUCCAUUCUUAACGCCUGCUAGGUCCGCACAGCUGUAUGUGGCAUAUCAUCUAAAAGCUUUUAAUCCCAAAAGUUCUGAAUAUGUGAGAAAGAAGUAUAAACAAAAAUUACAGAAGUUUGAAGAAACAUGUACACUUAUUCGAUAUCUUGGUGACAAUAUGACUGUGCGUUACAGAGACCCUAAUGAAAGACCAGGAGAUUUUGACAAUAAACUGGAAACAUUCUUUGCCUUGAAAGGACUUGAACCAACCACAACAUGGCUAGCAUAACUGUAUUGAUACUGUAGAUAUAGUGUUGGCAGAAUGAUAUAUUUGAUAAUGAAUCAAUUGAUGUGUAUUUUAUUGAUUGUCGAGGGAGAUAUACAUUCCAGCAAUAUUAAGAACAAACAUUCCUCUCACUAAAUUUUUACAAGACACAAAAAAAUCAUUUAUUCAGAACUUCAAAAAAAUAUUUUGUGACUUGAUUUUAAGGUUUCUCUGAUGUAAAAAUAAAUAGUGUACUAUGACAUAUUAAAGGUUUGACUUAGUUUUGAUAUCUUAAACAGGAGUGCUGUUAAAAACCAUUAUCCUGAAUUUUACUUUUACAAGUUUCUUACAAUUCAACAUUGAUAGUAAAAGUUAUGGCCAUAAUUUCGAUUGAACCAAAAAGCCAUUUUGCUGCAAUGAACACCAUUGUAUGAUUAGAUAUUGGAUACCUUUCAUAAAUACCUUAUAGUUUUCACAUUCUGUGAAAGUUUAAUGUGUAGAAAGUGCCUAAUGAUAACCAAAUAUAGACUAUUGUUGCAACUUGUAGCAUUUCAACAUCUUAUGUUUUUCUCAGCAUUACAUUUUGAGCCUGUAGUGCCUAUAUAUAUAAGAAACAAGAACUAUGUGCUUUGUUAUUACUUUGUAUUCUAUCAGUGUUAUUAUAUUUGUGAUAUUUUUUUAUUCUUAAAUUAUUCCAUGAAGUCUGUGAUCUGUGUAUUUUAAAGUUUUAUGAAAUUUAUUUAUGUUUCACCAUGAAUAAUGUUAACAUUUUAUAUACAAUGGUCAUCCGUCCAGAUGUUAAUAAAAUUGACUCUUUAUA